GCUAAUUUCCCCCAGGAAAUCAAUACCAUUAAUUUAGAUUCUCAUGUAGGAAUGGUUAAUGUGAAAAAAACAUCAGUAAGGAACCUAUCUGACUUAUUAGAAAUAGAAAAAGCAACAGUUUCUACUUCCUCAACUGAAUGUGAUCAUAGUCAAAAAUAGGAUUAUACAGGGAACAGCCUUAGGUAAAGAUGUCUGCUGCAAAAGCCAAGAAGAAGAAGAGGGAGCGUGCCCAGAGGUACACCUCAAAUGUAUUUGCCAUGUUCAGCCAGGCACAAAUACAGGAAUUUAAGGAGGCGUUUAACAUGAUAGACCAGAAUCAUGAUGGCUUUGUGGACAAGGAGGACCUGUUAGAAAUGUUGACAUCAUUAGGGAAGAACCCCACUGAUGAAUACUUGGAGGAUAUGAUCAAUGAGGCCCCUGGUCCACUGAAUUUCACAAUGUUUCUGACACUGUUUGGUGAGAAACUGAAUGGAACAGACCCUGAGGAUGUCAUCAGGAAUGCAUUUGCUUGCUUUGAUGAUGAUCAAAUGGGGGUAUUAGCAGAAGACAAACUCCGUGAGAUUAUGACCACUAUGGGCAAUCGCUGGACAGAUGAUAUGGUUGACCAACUACUUCAUGAUGCCCCUAUAGACCAGGGAAUGUUUAACUACACUGAGUUUGUGAAAACAUUAAAACAUGGAGCUAAGGACAAAGGAGGUGAAGGAGAGGUACUUCAAUCCCCUAAUGCACAAAAUGCACAGAAAACUCUCAUUGGAUAGGUUUGAGAUUUACUGACACAUGGAUUACAGCUGCACAUAGUAAAACAGUAGGGAGAAAUACCAAUUAUGAAUCUAAUAGAUCAGGCAAAUUAGAUUAAGGUUUAUGGAAUGAAUUUUACUAUUUAUGCUGUAAAUGCAUGUCACCAAAAAAAUGCCGCCAGCAAGUGCCAAAAUUAUUUAGUAAUACACCAUGAAAAGGCAUUUUUUAUAGCCAACAUAUUUUUUUAUAAAUUAACAACAGAGGUAUUGUUAUUUUCCACUUGCAUGCAAUCGAUGAAUAAACACGUAAUUAAAAAUACAAAUUUUGAAUUAUAAAAAUGAUUCAUGAAAACAUUUGAAAAUACUGUUCUGAAUAGAUAUCACUAUGAAUGAUAUUAAUGAAUACUGUAAAACUGUCAUUUUUGCAAUAAAAUUAAAAUUUCACUUCAAUAUUGGGAUGAUCAGAAAAUAGUGAAUCAUGGAUUUAUACAAAAUUAUUCAAAUGUGUAAGCUUCUUGUUUUACAGUAUUUCAUAUGCCACAAACACUAUUUAUUCCGAUUGUGUGAGAGAUAAGUUAUUUUAUAGGUAAAUGUGUGAUAUCAUUGUAGUGUUGUUCCAACUAAAUAAAAUAA